AUGACGAAACAUUCCUCACCAAGCGUACAGCGCUGGCACCCCUUCUCUCCCCAAACACGUCCCGAAGAACAUAACAUUAUUGAUGUUGCGUCGCGAUUGACUGGGGAUACGCCAACGACCACAGUGCACAACGUCGUUGCGAACAGGAAGAUGUACAAAACGCUGAGGGCAGAGCUGACAAAGGAGUUUCCCCUUCCAAAGUCAGAACUGGGUUUUCAGAAACUGGAGCAGUUACCAUACUUGAUCAGCUUGAUAUUUUGCUUCCACGUCGCCCUCCAUACCAACAGACGGCAAGAAUUAUUAUCAUAUGGCGUACUCGGAAUGCUUCCCUGCGUCGUUCCCGAAUCUGGCGCCGAAUUCAAUGGCUACAACGUUCCUGCUGGUACAAUCGUCAGUACGAGUUCAUGGAUGAUGCACCGAGAUGAAAAGCUCUUCCCCGCAACCUGA